GAAGGCGACUGACUUACAACCAGUAAUCAACGGCCUGCACUUUGUCUAGCUGGGAGCGUUUGCUGUGUCUCUCACUUUUCUAGCUACUUCUAAGUAUUUUUUGGUUAUAUGUCUUUUCGUGCCGCAUUCUCACAGUCGCAAAUCCUCCGGAGCCGUCUGGGUAAAAUGGCUUCCCAAUUCUCCAAAGCAGACAUGGGUGCUGGUCUUUCACUGGCGGAGCUCCCCAAAUCAAAUGUGUUCACGUCCAAACUUCCCCCCGAUCCAGCCUUUGACACGCCUGAAGCAUCUCACAAAGCGCAAAGGGAGAGACUCUACCCGCGGACAGUGAAAGGUGCGGCUUUCACCUUCGUCCGCCCUGAAACAACCGAGGAUCCCGAGCUUUUGGGAGUCAGCCCCAGGGCGAUGAAAGAUCUCGGACUGAAACCUGGAGAAGAAAACACGGCGCAGUUCAAGGCAGUAGUUGCGGGAAAUGAGUUUUACUGGGACGAAGAGAAUGGAGGCGUUUAUCCUUGGGCGCAAUGCUAUGGAGUUGUUUUAGCCUUCAGACACGAAGGAACAGAAGCUGAACAUCAGCAGCGCGCGAUCAGCCUCUUUGAGAGCACCAACCCAAGCACGAAUGUCCGCUACGAAGUCCAGCUCAAGGGUGCUGGAAGGACGCCGUACUCCCGUUUCGCAGACGGGAAGGCUGUGCUACGGUCUAGCAUUCAUGUAGUUGCAAUAAGUAACACGUGCAUAUUCGGGACAUUCGACCUACCACACUCGCGCGGUGACCGGAACAUGGUCAGGAAGUUAGCAACGUACGUUGCCGAAGAUGUGUUUAAUGGAUGGGAAUCACUACCAGGCGCAGUAUCAGUAGGUAAGGACCAGCAGGCUGACUCAGUCGAAGAUCCUCCCAGGGGUCUUCUUGGGGACAAAAUUCAGGACCACCAUGGUGUGGAAGAGAACCGAUUUGCUAGGCUUUAUCGGGAGAUUGCCCGUCGCAAUGCAAAAACCGUGGCCGCAUGGCAGGCAUAUGGCUUCAUGAACGGAGUCCUUAACACAGACAACACAUCAGUCUAUGGACUUUCACUCGAUUACGGGCCCUUUGCUUUUAUGGAUAACUUCGAUCCACAGUACACCCCUAAUCACGACGACCACAUGCUGAGAUACUCCUACAAGAACCAGCCAUCGGUCAUCUGGUGGAACUUAGUCAGGCUGGGCGAAUGCCUUGGAGAACUUAUCGGCGCCGGGCCCCAGGUUGACGACGAAAAUUUUGUGAAGCAAGGAGUAACAGAAGAUGCUGCGCCAGCCCUUAUCAAGCGAGCAGAAACCAUCAUCGAGCGUACUGGCGACGAGUACAGAACUGUCUUCCUUAAUCAGUACAAAUGCCUAAUGAGCAAGCGACUCGGCCUACGGACUCAGAAGGAGUCAGACUUCCAGGAACUAUAUUCCGAGCUUCUAGACACUUUAGAAGCGUUAGAGCUAGACUUCAACCACUUCUUUCGGCGCCUGUCUAGCGUUCCUAUCGUUGAUCUCGAAACAGAAGCAGGAAGGAAGGAUAUAGCGCACAUAUUCUUCCACAUUGAAGGCCAUGGCGGUAUAGGAUACACGGAGGACUCCGCGCGAGAGCGCAUUGCCAAAUGGCUGGACAGGUGGCGCCAGCGUGUGCUCGAAGAUUGGGGCACUGAAGCCGACGCCGACAUCAAACGCCAGGAAGCUAUGAAAAAGGUUAAUCCGAAGUUUGUUCCCCGCGGUUGGAUUCUCGAGGAAGUGAUUGAGCGCGUUGAACGCCGUGGAGACAGAGAUAUUCUCGGAAGGGUGAUGAAUAUGGCGCUCAACCCAUUUAAUGAGGAAUGGGGCUUGAAUAGGGAAGAGGAGGAACGUUUCUGUGGAGACGUACCAAGAUUCCAAAGAGCUAUGAUGUGUAGCUGCAGCUCAUAGAGUAUAAAUUAAAGUCACUUGAGUUGCUUAUGUAGUAACCCCAUGAUCAGUUGGGUUUACGCAAUCGAGCACAAGCUAGUCAUACUACACUCGAGUCUCGACUAGUACGAAUGAGAAAGAAGGAAAGCCUUAGUGUGAGAUAUUGGUUCCUUCUCAAAAGCUAUACAUCGCGCACAAAUCCACUCAGCUUCAUUUACUCUCCCUUUCUCGUUUUCGUUCAUAUUUUUGUUCCCUAAGUCUUCCGCAAUACAUAAGAGCAUUCAUCCCAUCAGUCCAUCCAUCCGCAACCGAGAGACUAUUAUCCCCACUGUAUUGAAAAUCGAUUACCUCUCCAGUGGCUCGAGAGACACGCAAGGCAGGAAAGUCGUAAAAGGUAUGACUCAAUAGUACAGGGAUAUCUCUUGAAUAGAUAUCGUGGUUAACCGACGGGUUUAAGUCAUUUCGGAACCAGGUUCGUAAGGCCAAGGUUUAUGACCUGGCCGGGGGGGCUGAGCAAAUAAAGCAAAUCGUCAUGAAGAGGACGGUUGGAUGAGUAUCCCCGUACACUGGUUCACUGCACAAUUUGAGGCGUGACGAAUAAUGAUGAGUUAUCCAUUUAUCAAUUAGUUGUUAGGGCACGCGCUUUGAAUGUGGCCCGGCUGCUUGCACUGGUAGCAAACCCGCUCACCCUUGGCCUCUGUGGGACAAUC